AGUGUUUGUAUGGCACAACUUGAAGAACCUCUUAAUGCUCAUCUCAACGAGCAGAUUGAUAAAAUUGAAGAACAGAUGGUAGCCAAGAAGGAUUGGACAAUGCAGGGAGAAAUCACUGCCAGAGAUAGGCCUAUUAAUUCCCUUUUAGAGGAGCAUCUUGACUUUGACGUUGCUGCUAGAUCAGCUCCCAAAGUAACUAAGGAAAUGAACAAUAAUAUUGAGGAGAUGAUCAAGCAAAGGGUUAAGGAUGAGCUUUUUGAUGACCCUGUUAGGAAACAAAGAGCUCAGCCUAAGGUCAGAGUAGCUGCAGAGGACCUCAUGGAUUACGAAAAGAGCAAGAAAGGCCUUGGAGAGAUAUAUGAAGAUGAUUAUAAGGUCGCACAUCUGGGGUACUCAGCGAACCCUGAAGAAGAUGCUACAAGAGAGGAGAUCGAUGAGCUCUUUGUUGACUUGUUCUAUCAAUUAGAUUCUUUGUCAAAUGCUCAUUUCACACCAAAGCCAGUUAAAGCUGAAUCUAAGAUAACGACUCAGAAUGUGUCUGCAAUCAUGAUUGAGGAUAAGACGCCAGUGAUCAUGAGUGAAGCCCAGACCAAGUCUGCUAAGGAGGUCUACGACAAAAAGCUCGAGGAGAUCCCUGAUGGUGAGGAGCUUUCCAAAGAGGACAAGAAGGCAGCCAGGUUGAGAAAGAAGAGAAAAAUCAGAGUCCAUCUUCACAAGAAAGAAAUCAAAAAGAAAGAACAAUUGAGAAAAAUGGACAUGGCCAUGAAAGAGAAAUACGAGGUCAGGUACUCCAAAAAGAGAGAUGCCAAAGAUGAGAAGGUUGAUAGCAAGAAUGAACACAAGAGUAAUAACUUCUUCGCCAAGAUGCAGAACAUCGGUCAGGAAGAUCGUGAAAAGAAGGAGGCAGGUAGCAAGUCUAAAACUACAGCAGUUGAUGAUGGCAGGAAGGGAAAAGACUUUAAAUUAUAAUAUCAUGACAUUUCUGCAA